AUGCAACUGGUAUCACCUGUCCAGUCAAAUGCUGCGACCUCAUCAUCCACGUCCAGCUCUCGCUCUUUAUCUGUGCACAUAUCUCCGGCUGGUAGCGAGUCUCCGUCGUCUGGUCCAGAUACUCUACCUGCCCAAUCCACCGCUGCACUAGAAGAAUCUGAUUCUCCUACGACUUCAUCUGAGGAUAGCACCGACUAUGAACGUCGAUUUCGCGUGCUGAAGAGAAUGAUGCCGGCUCAUAUGGCACGUGCGUGCAUUGAUGACCUGCGUGCUAUGCGUCAUGGUGACGUGGACCAUCCCGGCGUCUCAUCCGAACGACCACAUCAUGUCCAUGCUUCCUCACCCGUGAGUGACCUCCAGCCUGGUCAGUCUCGUCGGCGUAUUCGGACCACGCACCGAGACUCACCGCCGAUUCCGCUCCUUAGCGAUGUGUCUGCCGAGUCAAGUGACGAAGAAGCCACUGAAGACCAUAGUCCAUCACCGCAGCCCCGGCCUCGAGAGUCUGAUUUGCGGUGGUGGACUAUUUCCAAGCAGGCAUCUCCUCCUGCACGUGAAGGCGAUGCAAUUGACCGCAUGCUAUCUCGCACAGAGACGCGUCGACGUAGACGCCUACGUGUACCCUCUGGCGAGUUGGGUCAUGGCAGACACGCACGCAAUUCUGCAAUAAGGCAUCGCGGCUUUUCUAAUCGCACCGAGCGGAUUCAUUCCAUCCCCGUAUCAGCACCAGCUUGGAUUCAAAGUUCUGUUGAGCCCGCGAGCCAUGGGCAGUCGCGUGUGGCUCCCUCUGCCUCCCAGCAAAAGCGCCCUGACUCGGGCAUUUAUGUUGUUGAACAGAAAUCUCGUUUUGAUGGGGUACCCACACGCCGUGGGGAUCUUACUUCCCAUGUUCGACUUCCCUACGUUCCUCAUUCGCAGGCGGUAUGCAAUGUUGCUCAAGAAAUCCAUUCAUCACCAGCUCUAUCCACUUCGACAGCGCCUAGACCUGUACCUCGCUCCACCUAUGCACCUGCGUUUUUGUCCAAAACACCUGUUGCAACUGCAUCCCACCAUUCAGUCCCAUUACCCGUAUCAACCGUUUACAUACCAACAGAAUGGCAAAAUGCGCCCCAAGAAUGGCACGACGAGCUUCAAGAGCUUCUUACAUGGGAUGGUGUACGCCGUAUUCAGUUGGACUAUGGCAUCGUUCCACCAACUGUCGGAUUGGGAUUUGCAGCAGACACCGAUCUCGCUCGUGGUCGUUUACAUGCACUUUUGCGUGUAUCCUCUGCGGCAGCUAUUCAGUCCUCGACUUCUUAUCGCGGAUACGAGCAGGCCUUGGAUGUCUCCAUGGGCUUUGAUGAGAUUGCUCGCGCUAUUAUUCCAUUGACAGAUCAUCUGGAGGAGCAUCAUCGAUCGACUAGGGACUUAUUUUAUUUUUUAGGAUCGUGGUUUUCUUGGCAAGCAGCAACAAGGUCGUCAAUACAUGCUGGGGUGCAUGCGAUUCAGGAAGAUGUUGCUGCUGUACCAGCGGUGGUAACCGCCGUAUCCGGUGCUGCAUUCAAUGCGCAAGCGGCGUGUGAUGCGCUAUGUGCGUGGGCCCAGGAUCUCUUGCAUCUACCACACUCACCAGAAGUUGUUCUUUGGAUUCUGUGGUUCAGGGUCGACUUAUUCUGGCGCGCGAUGCACGUUGAAUGCACAAGCGUCACUGAGGUCUCUAUCAUGGAAGCUGCAUAUCCACUUGUUCUUCGUCUUCUGUCUAUGGGCAUUAGUCGCGUUGUCGAGUCGUACAUUAGCGUAGAGCAUGUGCGUGAUACAGCGGCUGAAAUGUGGGUGUGUGUAAUACAUGUACUGCAGGCAAUUGAUGCUCAAGCAUUUUGGGACGUAUUGGAAGCUGCUCUCAACGAAUGGCUCGGCAUGUCGCCAUCUUCGCUGCUCGUUGAUUGUGAACGUAUAUGGUACACAAUCUUUGCGGUAUGUGCUCUGUCUCAUUUUCACGCGUCUACGGGCAUGGCGGGCUACAAGAGCGAUCUUCAGGCACACUGGCUUGGCAUACAGCGGCUCAUGAUGCGGAUGAAACUGCGCUUCAAUGAGCAGGUCGAACAGGCGGCUCCCCGAGCACUUUUGCAGCGCCGCGACGCAUACAUUCAUCUUCUUAUUCACCGGUGCUUCUUGUUGCAUUCGCGCUGGCACUGGUCGUUGGAACAUGCAGAUCAUUUGUUAACGCACUUCUUCGACAUUUUUAACGCACAUCGACUAGCUGACCUUCCCAGUGAGGUAGACCACGACUUUGCUCCCUUUUUGCGGCGGUUCGACAUGGGACUCUUGUACUCUGAGCCCACAGGAACGGCAUACCACAAGUUUCUUCAGCUUUUGGGACAAGCAAGUUCUGCACUUCAAGUCGGCCCAGAUGCGCAGCGUCGCUUGGCUCGCUUGUUUUCUCGGAUGACCCCGGUGCGUGUCAUGGCAUUUUCUUGCACACAGCCUCCGACGUCGUUUGAAUUCGCGAUGCUGUUCAAUCAUUAUUCCUUGGUCAUGCUUUUCUUGUACUUCGAGCCCCAAUCAGCUGUACAGCGCCUAAGGCAGAUUCGCUCCUUCUUGCCAUUUGCACGCGCUGAUCGAUCUAGUCAAAUUGCAUGUAUUCGUGCUGUUGUCUAUGCAGGAGUCCUAUUUCGACACCAUCGACUCGAUAUCUCGCCUAUCGUGGCAUGGCUCGUUGAUGUUUUUCACGCUCUAAGAUCUCCCAUGUCUAUUCGGGAUGUUUCCGAGGACGAGCCUUUUGGUGCUCGUCGAGCAAAACAAGCAGCACGGGAGACGACACGAAUGAUGGCCGUGUUGCUCAGGUCUGUCCAGCAUCUUAUCACACACGCAACAAUGCAUAGUGGUGGGGUAUCUCACGCGUAUCCGCCCUUGGGGCUUUUGCAUCCAGCGUGGACGCAUGAGCUAAUCGAAUCGGGCGAAUUACCCAUGGAGGUCGCCAACGAAGUUUUGAAUUUGAUUCGCGUGUAUCUCGAAGCACGCGCGCGCCAAUUGCAGCCCGUUUUAAUUGACACUGAUGAUGAUGAUGAAUUUGUCGAUGAUGCUGCUUGGCUCACCGACCCAGGCCUGGGGGCCCUUCUCGGAGAGGAGACACCGCAGCCGCCCUUGGAUACCCAAUUGGCGGAUCAGCUACAGACACAUUUGUCUCCUGCAUUGUUUCACUGGCUCUCACGUGGCACAUCAAAUAGUCAGCACGUGUCACGACCGUCUCACUGGCUGCCACAUUCUGAGGCGAUGCCUCUGGAGCGACUUAUAGCACAUGCUGAGGAUGACGCAUGUUUAACAUCAUUGGUGAGUGUCUGGGCAGCAUGUGCAUACGUGCUUGUAUAUCAUCGCCGACGUGACUGGAGCGGCUAUCUUACACUUGGUCAAGAGUCGUGGAAACGAUUGAGUGAUUCUGUACGCAAGAGGGAUGUCGCUGUACAGUUCGUCCUGCAUACCGAGUGA